UCUUCCUCUUCUUCGUCUGUUCCCCUUCUGUUCCUCCCUUCAAUUCCCUGUUCCAUUUCUUCUUCUAUUUCUCCCUCUUCCAUCCCUCCCAAUCCUUCUCUCUCUUCUCCCUCCUCCGCCAUAUACGUAAAUGGACACAAACAGGAGGAGCAAGAGAUAAAAGAGGAUAAAGAGACAAAAGAGGAGAAGGAAUUGGAGAUAAUAGAAGAAGAGGGAGACGGUGAUAAAGCAGGGGAAGAGGAAAAGAUGGAGGAAAAGUUAGAAGAUAGUAAAGGAAAAGAUAAUAAUGGAAACCUGGAGAGCGAAUCGCAGAAGAAGGAUAACUUAAUAAAGAGUAGAAACGAAGAAAAUGACAAAAAUCAAACAAAGAAACUUGAAGCGAACGAAGAAAAUGAAACAAAAGAAGUCGACAAAAUGAAGAUGGCGAAAGAGGGGAAUGAGACAAGCAAGGAUAAAGCUACGGACACAGAGAAGAAAGAUGAUAGUACAAAGGAGGAAAAUGGAUACCACGAGAGGGAAACAAAGCAAUCAAGUGAUAAAAAUGAGGAAAAUGAGAGAGGCGCAGACUUGCCUCAGCCACCGAUCGGAGAGAAGCAGUUGCUGGAAAGCCAGAGGGUCGUGGCUGCUCUGAACCAGCAGCUCAGGAGGAAGAAGCCGGUGAGGAGACAGCUGUGGGAGGUGGACCAUGUGAAGCUGGAGGUGGACCUCAAGGCCGAGCUGCAGCAGGCCGUGGAGGAGGACUCGACGAGAUUCAGGGAAGCUUGGGAGGAACUUCCCCCCCAACGCCUACCGGACGCCCCCCGCUGCUACCACUCUCAGGUAUACGCGGACGAGCUGAUGGAGGCUUCCGGCAACCUUCCGUCAGCCACUCCGUCAGAGCGGCCGUCCCGCCCUUCGGUCCCGGCGAGACCCCUGAAGCGGCCACCUGCGAGAGCGACGUCGGAGGUUUCGCACAAGAAGCCGAUGUUGGAAGCCUCGUCUGCGGGAGCCGCUGAGGGGGCGGUGAGGGCGGGGCCGUCGGGAGAUGGAAGGGGGAAAGGCGAAGGCGUGGGAGAAGGUGAGGAGGAGGAGGAGGCGAAGGAGGAGAGAGGCGAGGCGAGAAGCCCCGGAGCGGCAGGCGAGGCGAACGGCGAGUCCAGACUCUCGUCGACUACGUGGACUCCCUCCGCGACUUCUUCGGCCCCGAGCCUCCGCCAGAGCACGAGGCGAGGCCUUCGUCCGGCGCCCAACGGGUCGACGCCCUCGAGGUCUACGGCCGCCGCGGCAGAGGCCAAGGGAGCGGCGACCCCCUCGACCUCCGCGGCCUCCAGAGCGCCAAGGCGAGGCAGGCCGAAGAAGGACAAGGACGCGGCGUCGGUUCCGAGGGAAGGGACGCGGCAGGUGGCCCUCAGGAGGUCGCCGAGGAAGCUGAAGGAUGUCAAGCGGCGCCUCAGGAUGUGAUGGUGCCAGGGAGCAGUGCCAGCAGUGCCUUGACCUUUAUUGAUACUAGUCCGCGUCUAGUUCUCUGUAUAACUUAAGUAUUUGGAAGGUAGAUUUCUGACAUGAAGAAGGCGAAAAAGCCUUUAAGAAUGUUUUAUAUUUUCCAGGAGCAUAAUAACUGCAGUUACACACCGUCACUUUAUAUUGUUAACUUGAUUAAGACAUGUAUUUAUGGUAAUAUAUUUAAACAUUCCUGUUGGAUGUUUGCUGAUAAUCAGA